UGUUGUUUCCUGUUUAUGAAUUUUCUGCAAACAUAGGUUUUGCGCUUUCAUGCGAUUUCAUGCAGGGGUUGCUUGAUCGUAUCUUCCGUAAUUAUAUUGGCGUAAGGAAGCGCUGGGAUUACUACCAUUUUUGCUUUGAAAGGCCGAAAAUGAGGCGCAUUAACAGCAUACCGUAAAGCUGCAAGCAAGUGAGUCUGCAAGUCAAAGCGCGCGGAAACAGGAUCCGGAAGUGACGAGAAGUCCCGCCGAUUGUUUUUUGGACGGUUCUUCGAUUAUCAUCCAUCGGAGUUUUGUUUACUACUCUGCUUACUUAUGGGGUCACCUGCACAAUUGUAUCAAAACAGCAACUCGGAUGACUAUCGAGUGUUAUCGAUCCAGAGUCAUGUUGUGUCGGGAUAUGUUGGAAAUCGAAGUGCAGUCUUUCCCUUGCAGGUGCUCGGUUUCGAUGUGGACUUUAUCAACACGGUGCAGUUUUCAAACCAUACCGGUUAUCCUGUCGUGAAGGGAUCUGUUUUGGAUGAAUUAUCUCUACAAGAACUGUAUGACGGUCUGAAGGAGAACGAUCUCGAUAGGCAGUAUAGUCAUUUGUUAACAGGAUUUGUUCGUUCGAAAGGCUUAUUAUGCAAGUUGGGGGAUAUUGCGAGAGAUUUGAAGCGCACCAAUCCAUCUCUUGUUUACGUGUGCGAUCCUGUUUUGGGCGAUCAUGGAAAAAUGUAUGUCAACGCAGAUGUGUUGGAAGUUUACAGGGAUACGAUUUUGUCGCUGGCAGAUAUUAUGACACCCAAUCAAUUUGAAGCCGAACUCCUCUCUGACAUAAGAAUUACCGAUGCCCAGAGCGCAGUGAAAGCUAUGGAUUGCCUACAUGACAAAGGGCCUCGUACUAUAAUCAUAUCCAGCAGCGAAUUAGGCAACGAAGAGGUUCUUGUCGCCUUUGCCAGCAGCAUGACUGACGGGAAAACAGUACGCUAUCGAAUAGACAUUCCUCGAUUUCCAGCUUCUUUCAACGGAACCGGUGACUUGUUCGCUGCCGUUUUUCUUGCAUGGCAUACGAAAAGCGAUGGCAAUCUUCAACACUCUCUCGAAGCUACUGUGUCCACUCUGCAAGCAGUCAUUCGCCGAACUCUGGCUAACUUAUCAAAAAUUAACCAUCAGGGAAUACUUUCACCCAAAGAUUUGGAACUUCGUUUGGUGCAAAGCCGAAGUGAUAUCGAACAUCCGGUCAUCUGUGUCAACGCUGUAGAAUUGCUGACGCCAGCUGCUUCUGUAAAAGAAUGACAUUUUGUUGUGGAAUUUGGGAGUCUCACAGUUAGUAGUCCGUUGCAUGCACAUUAAAUUUUAGGAUUUCUGAUUCCGUGUAUUUUCAUCAUUGUAAAGGUAUUUAUUCUUGGAGUCUUUCGAUAGUGAUGCUUCAGGAUAAUUUGACUUCCAGCUCUUUGAAUUACGAAUACGAAAACUUUAUACGUGAGUAGUUUCCAGACCAGUGGUGAAAAAUACCUGUGAUAAAUUUUAUUG